UGCAGUUCCCAUUAUCUCUCAUCACUAACCUGUGACUGGUUGGUUGUCCCUCCGGGGGCGGAGCGAUCGGUGAUCAUGUUGUCUCCUCCGCCGAAGAGGCCGUGCUCCCGCCUUUCGCUGCGGGCGCGAAGAAAUGCGUUAGCCCCGGGCCGUAUUCAGGCCACAGCCCCUGAAGCGCAAGUAGCUCCCCGGAGAGCUGCGGGCAGUAGUGGCGGCCUUCCAUGCAAACUAUCGAGGCGGCAUCGGAGAGCGGCCCCGGCUCCGGCCCCGGCCCAGGGGGAUGGAGCGGCCCCGGCCCAGGGGGAAGGAGCGGCUCCGGCCCCGGCCCAGGGGGACGGAGCGGCCCCGGCUCCGGCCCCGGCCCAGGGGGAAGGAGCGGCCCCGGCUCCGGCCCCGGCCCAGGGGGAAGGAGCGGCCCCGGCCCAGGGGGAAGGAGCGGCCCCGGCCCAGGGGGAAGGAGCGGCCCCGGCCCAGGGGGAAGGAGCGGCCCCGGCUCCGGCCCCGGCCCAGGGGGAAGGAGCGGCCCCGGCUCCGGCCCCGGCCCAGGGGGAAGGAGCGGCCCCGGCUCCGGCCCCGGCCCCGGCCCAGGGGGAAGGAGCGGCCCCGGCUCCGGCCCCGGCCCAGGGGGAAGGAGCGGCCCCGGCCCAGGGGGAAGGAGCGGCCCCGGCUCCGGCCCCGGCCCAGGGGGAAGGAGCGGCCCCGGCUCCGGCCCCGGCCCCGGCCCAGGGGGAAGGAGCGGCUCCGGCCCCGGCCCAGGGGGAAGGAGCGGCCCCGGCUCCGGCCCCGGCCCAGGGGGAAGGAGCGGCCCCGGCUCCGGCCCCGGCCCAGGGGGAAGGAGCGGCCCCGGCCCCGGCCCAGGGGGAAGGAGCGGCCCCGGCGGACGGAUUAACCCCGGAGUGGGGUAGGCCCCCGCUCCCAUAUUACUUGAGGAAUUUCUUGCUGGUGAUGGAAACGGUUCUGGCGAGUGAAGAUAAAGAACUUUUCAAUGAAGCCGAUGACCACUGGCUGGGAACAUUCCAGAAACUCUCAGUUACUGGCCAAAAGCUCUACGUGCGACUCUUUCAACGGAAGCUGAACUGGUUGAAAGUGACUAAACUGAAUUAUCCUGAGAUUGGUUUGAAUCUGACCCCCAUCAUUGAGGAACUGAGGCUUGCAGGCUUGUUAUUGACAGAGUCAGAUUUGUGCAAUGUCUCAGAGGCCCUGAACCUGCUGUCUGCUCCUGAACUCAAAUUAUUGGCAAGAAGCUUCCACCUGCGACCCCAGGGCCAGAGGGCAGAAAUACUGGAGUCUCUGCUACGCUUGUCCAAGCAACAGUCGAUCUUCAGCUGCAGUCAGAAGCCAUCAAGUCCUGGCCUUGCCCUCCUCAACAGGGUGAAGAUGAUGAUCGGAAAUUGUGUGAGAGUUGCUACUCCAGCCCGUGCUGUGUUCUCACGGCUGUUACUACUUUUCAAUCUGACGGACUACACAGAUGAAGAGGAAGCAGCCUGCGCUGGCCAGAACCAGCUGUUCACAGUACUACUGGUUAAUAAGGGUCAUGUCACCUUCCCCAAUUACACUGUGCUGAGGAAGAAGAAAAUAUUCCGACACAGAGAUGACCUGCUCAGAUAUGAUGAAGCCGUGCAUUCUCUGGCCGAGAUGAUCACUGCGAUGACCAAUGGGGUUUGGAGUGAUGCUCUCCAGAUUUAUAAAAUUGCCAGGGAGAAAUGGAGCCGGCUGGAGAACAACAGUGAUGUCAGGUUUCAUCAGCAGCUCCCAGUGUACCUGCGAUGUUUCACUGCAGGCUGGGUCUACACACGGAUCCAAUUCCAUGGGGUUGAAGUUUUACAACGACUGCACAUGUAUGCGGACGCAGUGGAGGAAUUGCAAAAUCUUUUAGGACAAAGCAUCUAUUGUCCGGGCAGCCGUGGCCAUUGGUGGAAUCGACUGAGUCUAAAUCUUCACCAGCAUCUGAAGCAGACUGAUCAAGCAAUCCACUGUUUGUGGAAAGGUUUGGAUGACGUCUGGGUUCACUUGGGACAUCGGCUGGCUUUAUAUCAGCGGGCACUGCGGAUUCGUGAUUCUCCAAGCUGCAAGAAAUGGUGUCACCUUCUUCAGGAUCUGCCAGUAGUGAGUGUAGAGGAUGUGCCACAUGUGACAAUAAAGGCCAGGUCGUGCCCAGGGAUGGGCAAUGCUUUAUUCCUCAUGGACAACAUCAGUGAAGGGUCAAGUUUGGGCCAAGGGGAACCUUGCAGUACAGUGAUCUGUUCAGUGGAGGAGGUUUCUCUGGCCUACUAUCAGCAGCAAGGUUUCGAUCAGGGAAUACAUGGUGAAGGAACCACAUUCUUAACACUCUUUGGACUGCUCUUUUGGGACAUUAUCUUUCUGUCUGGAAUCCCAGAUGUUUUCCGAAAUCCCUAUCAGGCAUGUCCUCUGGAUCUCUACACUGACUGUUUCUAUCAGCAACGGAGGGAAUGCAUUGAGUCACGGGUAGACUUCCUGGAAAAUGCAUCCAUUGAGACUCUCUGCACACUCAUUGCUGAUGCGUGGAAUGGUUACAGAGGCAUAAAUGCCACGUUAGUUAACUGGGAAAUCUUCAACUCACUUCAGCAGGUGCAGAGCCUGGUGAGCUGUCUGGGUGGUCCAUUCCUAAGUAGUAUUUGUAAGAUUCUGGCCAAAGACUUGAGGCAUGGCCGUGGGGGCCUCCCUGAUCUCGUUGUAUGGAACAGCCACAGAUGCCAGUAUAAGCUUGCAGAAGUGAAGGGUCCAAGUGACCAACUCUCCCACAAGCAGAUGGUAUGGCUGGACCAGCUGCAGAGACUUGGUGCUGAUGUCGAAGUUUGCCAUGUUAAUGUAGUUGGAGCACGGAGCCACCAGCUUAGUUAAUGCUGACUGCACAAGUCCCAGUUCCCAUUGAUGCCACAGCCCAGAAGCUGGAAGGAGGAUACAUCCCUCCCUGCAGGGUGUGUGGGGGUGCACUGAGGUGGAAAUAGCCAUAUGGAUAUGAUCCUGUAAUAUAGCCCACCUCUUACCCACCAUGCACUGUUGUUGCUAAAACGCUCAUGGCUACAACAUUCAUUCACUGUUUCUUCCUAAUGUCUUUUUUUAAAAUAUUGAUAUUGCAGAAGCUGCAAGACGUGUUAAGUGUUUCCAGCAUUUGUACUGGUAACUUUUCUACAACUUUUAAUACUUGUACAAGCAGCUCUGGAAAUGUCAUUUAGAAAAUACAUUAAAUAUUUCAU